AUCACAAGAAUGGAAGAAACUAUCACCAAAGAAUCAAAAUGGAAGAAAGAAGAAGAAGAGGCAAAGAUCCAAAUAUACAAGUAUGUAUUUGAUUUUGCAGAAGCAGCAGCAAUAAAAUGUGCCAUAGAACUUAAAAUCGCCGAUGCGGUCGAAAGCCAUGGAAGAUCGAUAACAUUAUCUCAAAUAUCCUCAGCUUUAAACUGCUCCCCACCACUUCUAUUUCGCAUCAUGAGAUUCUUCGUCCGUCGAAUUUUCAAAGAAGAAACCACAGCUAGAAGCUAUUCUCAAACACCAUUGUCUCAUAUGCUCAUCACUGUGGCUCCCUUGCUUGUGCUUGAGAAUAGCCCAACAAUUGUUGAAUCAUGGCAUAAUCUUAGUGCAAGGCUUAAGAACAAUGACAGUACUAGUGAUUUAUCAGUACCAUUUGAAGUAGCUCAUGGGAAGGGUAUUUGGAGCUAUGCUGCAACAAAUCUAGAAUUCAAUAGAAUGUUUAAUGAGGGUUUGGGUUGUAAUGCUAGAGUUAUUACUUUGCCUACAAUACUUGAAAGUUGUGGAGAUAUAUUUAAUGGAAUUGGAAGUUUGGUGGAUGUGGGAGGAGGAAAUGGGACUACUUUGAGUAUUUUGGUUAAGGCUUUUCCAUGGAUGAAAGGUAUUAACUUUGAUCUUCCAAAUUUUGUGUCAACAUCAGAAGAGUAUAAUGGUGUGGAACAUGUUGCUGGGAAUAUGCUUCAUUUUGUUCCAAAUGCUGAUGCUGCUUUCUUCAUGCCUAUUUUCUCUCGAUUUCUUACAAUGGUUUGCAUACUUCAUAAGUAA